CACUCCAGUACACACGAGGGCAGCACUGAAGAGUUAAUUUGACUUUUGUCCCUUCCCUCUCCAAAAACAUGGCUGCUCCCAUGGCUCUCAGACGAGAAUUAUUUUCUCUGGCAAGGAAAAUUAGUGGAAUCUCACAUUUGACACCGAGAGCUUUGGGCGCCUGUUCAGGUCACAGGAAAUGUAAUAUAAUCAGGUCCCAUCUCCCAUUGGCGUCCAGCACUUCCUUCCACACAGCAACAGUGUUUUUAUCAACACCUUCAUCAAUCACUGUAACAGAAGAGCCCGACACACUGUUUCAAAAGGUGUCACUGUUGGUCAAAGGCCAUGACAGGGCCGUGUUGGACAGCUAUGAGUUCUUUGCCACCAUGGCAGCUAAAGAACUGGGCAUCAACAUCAACAAAGUUCAUGAACUUCCCAAGGACAUGGAGAGAUUUACACUCCUGAAGUCGGUUCACAUCUUUAAAAAUCACAGGGUCCAGUAUGAGAUGAGGACACACUACCGGUGCAUUGAGCUGUCUCAUAUAACAGGCUGCACAGCGCAGGUUUACCUUGAAUACAUCCAGAGGAACCUCCCUGAAGGGGUAGCCAUGGAGGUGACAAAGACCGCCAUGGAGAAGGUUCCAGAUCACAUCCUUGAACCCAUGUGGGAGGAUCACCCCAUUGAUGACAAGCCCAGCCAGUGAAGUCAGUGAUGAGCGACAGAUGCUUAUUGGAUGCGUUUUCUUAGAGAAUAGGUUUGGUGAAUGGGAAGACGUGGAAAAACCGCAACUUAACAUAUGUUUGUCAUGGACUCGUGAACUGCUCAUCACAUAGAUUUCAGCGUUAUCAUUGAUGGAGCUGAACACACCACAGAAAAAGGGCCAGCUGUAGAACUUGCAUUUAUUAUGUCCACGUGUAACAGUCUUCAUUUACUAUCAGUGUGUUUUCAUUGUCUUUUCUGUGGCAAAACAGCGUGGAAUUAAAUAUUAUUCAGAAAUUAA